AUACUCCAUUAUUGUUAAUAAUUAUUUUGUUGUGACGGAUUUUCAAUGUAACAAGCUUGUGGUUUAAGCAGUGACAAUGUUUAAUUUAAUAUUAUAUUUUAUGUUCUUAAUAAUUAACUGUGAUGGUUUCAGUGAAUCUGAAACUCAAGAUAUUCAUGUCACUUAUAAAAGACCAAACGAAGCAUUCAGAGUGAUGAAAGAAAAACCACUUAAAAUCAUAUUUGAAGAUAACGUAAUUGUCUUGAAAGAGUGCAGAAAUUUCUAUUGGAAUCCAAAUAAUACACACCCAUUUACGCUAUCAACUGAAUUUAGAAAACCUACAAAUAAUUAUAUUGUGGUGAAGGUUAUAAAUGACAUGAGCACGAAAUGGAAAUGCUCCAUCUUGCAGGAGUAUCAUGGUCCACCAGCGACGGCUUAUAAGAACAAGACAUUUACUGCAAUUGACUUGAUUUUUCACAUAAAUGUUACGAUGGCAAAAGAGGUCGUGUUGAUAGUAAAUGAUGCUUCUUUAACUAUCGUCCCGACAAAGGAGACAGCUGAUCACGACGCGGAAGCUCACUACAAAUACGAAGAUGGAGAAAAUAUUGAUUACAAGUGCCAACAAAUAAAUUAUGAUCAGACACAAGACGAGCUCCGGUUAGAAUAUUACGAUGCACAAGGCAGAUUAAUCUUUAAAACUAUGUCAUCACGAACAAGAAGUGAAACAUUUCGUUCGCUACUGAAUUUGGAACACAACAAUUAUUAUUUGGACUGUAUUUGUACAGCUUUCGAUCCUAAAAGAGAAUAUCGUUACAGAACAUAUUUCCAUUUUAUAAAACAGGAUUUAGAUCCAUAUAAACACCCCCUUACAUUAUACGUCAAUGGAGAACGACAAUUUUUACGCCGCGAGCAACUCGUAACAUCCUACGAUGAUUAUGUACCCUACAAGUACAUAGACGGAGAACAAUUGAAUGUAACCUGUAAGAAAAAUAGACAAUUUGAUGGGAAUAUACGAGUCUAUUUUGAAAAUAAAAAUUACGUGUAUUUUGAGGGCCAAUCAGAAAUAACGCUUCCUUCUGAAACAGUCAAGAGUAAUAUUAACCAAUCCUUAAUUUGUAAAAUUGUUAAUACACAUGUCCAAAAUCGUCCUGCCAGACUCAAUUUUAAGUCUGCAUUGCCUGAAUUGGGUGUUCGUAUAAUAGGGCUGCCAAGAAAUAACAUUAUGUACCAAUAUACAAAUGAUUCUAAAUGGACCAUUGCGUAUCAAUUCUCGGUGAACGAAACUCUUAAUUUAACGUGUGUCACCAAAAGUUUAGUGAGUAAUAGUGACCAUAGAUUCCUGUGGAAAUUUGAAGAUGAAACCCUGACAUCCACUGCAAAAAUGAUGCUCUCAACGGUAUUGGCGACCAAUACAAGUUAUGUGAAGGUGCUGGACGAAAGGCACAACCAGACGCACAUACGCUGUACUUAUCAGAACGAACGACAAAAGGAAACAGCUGUGGUGGUGCUGCAUUUGAAACCAGAAAUAGAGUCAGAAAUAUCUAUUGAUGAGCUUGCAGGUCAGGAAAGAGGCAGUGAGAAGUACCUGAUUAUCAUCAUCGCGGUAGCCGUGAUCAUUUUGAGUGCAGUAGCUACCAUCUUCUCCAUGUUUUGGAUCAAGAGGAAGAAGCAUGCCAGACUUAUUGAAAAUGCAUACGAAGACCAAAGUCAGAACGAGAGUCCCAUCCCAGCAUUCCCUAAACAAUGGGAAAACGAGUAUGCCUAUUGCACCACAUUGGGUGCAGGACCUUCCCAAGAAACUCACAGCUACGCCACCAUUGUCGAUAAAUUUAAUAAAAGAGAAAGUAACCCGCCCAGUGAACACCACUACACUGAAAUAGAUGAUUAUUUUAAAACCAAAAUUGAUGGUAGAAAUGCCACUUAUAAGGCUGGCAACCCCACAGCAGGUACAAGUGUGAAAAGACAAGAAAUUGGCAACUUGAAUGAUGGAAGCUACCAAAAUGUCGGCAAGCCGUUUAAACUAACAAACGAGAAUAUUUAUGUGAAUCAAGAUUUACCUAACAACAGUAAGAGUUCAAUAAGUCGUACAUAUAGUAAUGUGCCUCGAAAAAAUAAAGUAGUUAGCUUCCAAGAAAACAAGCCAAGACAAGCUGAAGUUAGAAUUAAAAACGAUUUGAACCCUUUUCGAAAUGAUAGCAACACUAGAGGGUUUACAAACAAACAAAAUAACACUAACGUUAGCAUGCAAAAAGACACUAAUUAUGAAAAUUUAACCAAAGAGAAGAGAGUAGAAAACCCAGUUUACGCAGAACCUCAUUCCGAUUUUGAUGAAAUGGUUAUAAAUACACUGUACGGGAAGAUUUGAAAAG